ACCGCGGAAAGGGUCGAGGGGGUCUGGGCCCAACCCCUUAAAGGAAUUCCAACCCCCGGGUCUCCGAGGGGCCAGUGCAUUCUCCAGAGGCGGGCAGUUUGAGGCUGGGACCGGCAAGGAACGCCACGGCCCCUUCGGGAGCCGAGAAAGCGGUAGACCUGCCGCCGGGUCGCUGAGAAUUCUGGCUCUGCCAAGAGUGCUUUCCAUCCCCGGGCGGAGCGGCGUCGGCGUUCACGGCGGCCUUCAUCCUGGCGAUGCAGUGUGCCUCAGCCCGGGGCCCUAGCCUUGAGGAAACUGCGCGUUCUGGAUUCUGCGUGGGCCAACGUUGGCCCAGAGACGUCAGGGAAUUUGAGGCAGCAUCCCCAGCCGGCCUGCUGGCUCCCCGUGUCCUGCUCUCUGCCUUGUUCAGUGAGAGUUUGCCGGAAGAGGUAACUAUUCCCGAAUGAGGGUCUGCUAUCAUCUAGCACAAAACUCUGAAAAUACCUCCUUCCUGGCUUGGAUCUUCAGUGGAAGCUGCGCUCUCGAGAGCAGAACGGCGGCCGCGGCAGAUGCAAAGACCUGAAGAUCGUCUUUUCUGUCCAAAGAUGGAAAACAACACCACUACCAUUUCUCGGGAGGAACUUGAAGAACUGCAAGAAGCAUUUAAUAAAAUAGAUAUUGAUAAUAGUGGGUGUGUCCGUGACUAUGAACUUCAAGACCUGUUUAAGGAAGCAAGCCUUUCCUCUGCCUGGCUACAAGGUGCGAGAGAUUGUGGAGAAAAUUCUGUCCGUUGCUGACAGCAACAAAGAUGGCAAAAUCAGUUUUGAAGAGUUUGUGUCACUAAUGCAAGAAUUAAAAAGCAAAGAUAUCAGCAGAGCAUUCGGAAAGAUAAUUAACAAGAAGGAAGGGAUUACUGCUAUUGGAGGAACUUCGUCUAUUUCCAGUGAGGGCACACAGCAUUCGUAUUCAGAGGACGAAAAAGUGGCUUUCGUUAACUGGAUAAACAAAGCCCUGGAGAAUGACCCUGACUGAAUACCACAAAAGAGAUGCAGAAUUCUUGUCACUGUACGCUAUCAGGAGACUGCCCUUGUCCAUUGUCCCAUUCUGGCUCUGUCAACUUUGACUGCUUGAUCAAGGUUAGUGCCUCUCAGAUUUCUCCACUCUGUAAU